UUCCCCGCUGCCAGCCCUUCGCACCAGUCAAGAUGGCGGACAGACCAGUUCCCGUAGCUGACAAGCGGCUGAUGGACGUGAAAGUGAAUGAGCUGGGAAGCUGGCUCAGUGGACGAGACUUCACCCCCAAUGGCAUCAUCGCAGCCAUCCGCAGGGGCCACGACAGAUACUACAACAGGUAUUUUAAUGUGAAGAAGGGAGGCAUCGGCGGUUUGGCUAUGGUGGUGGUUGCCUAUGUUGGACUCAGCUACCUGUGGGAAUACGACCACAUCAAACAUGAUCGUUGGAGGAAGUACCACUAAGCUCCUUCAGCAGCCAUCAGACCUUCAGGGGUUGAACUUCAACAGCUUUGUUCCCCUGGCGCUUUCAACUCUCAGCUCUGUGUUAAAUAUGUGACUGUUGUGACCAAUAAACAAUACUAAGAUUUA